UGUGGAUAGGGCUUGAAACCUAGCUAUACAGCAAGGAUGCAUUCCCAGGUACCAGUUAGCAGGGCUGGCACCGGGGAGGCUUCUGGUGAAGUGAGGAGCACCAUCUCUAGUCCCUCUUCGCGGAGAGGCAAUAAGGAUCGCCCAGGAGGCCGUGGGCUCCGUGGGCUCUGCCUCCUCCGUGCCCUAUCCCGCUUGGCCUCACCCUAUGCAGCCCUGCCCCCCACUUGCCUGGGAGACCCUACCUUGAACCUUCAGUAUGUCUGCUCUCAGACCCCGUUGGCCCAGGCAGGGACCCCAGAAGAAGAUGGCUUCUUCAACCUGCUAACCCAUGUCCAGGGUGCUCGGAUGGAGGAGCAGCGCUGCCCCCUGCAGACUGAAGCUGGCCAGGGGCCUCCCAACAAGAGCAGCCGCAGCCGCAGCCCGAGCCCAAGCCCCGUUGCUCCUCCGGAGAUGGACAACCUGAUGGACAUGGUGGCCCACACCCAGGGACGUCGAAUGGAUGACCAACGUGCCAGCAUCAACUACCUGCCUGGCUUCCAGUCUGGGGCCCCUAAGGAUGGUGUGGAGCAAGGAAGUGGAAAGCGCAGCCACCAUCCCCUGUUGGUUCCUCAAGACCCCUCUGCCCUCAGCUUCCGCAGGAACAGCAGCCCUCAUCCCCAGACCACUGGCCCCUGAGAGCCAGGGCCCCACAACUUCCACACUCUACCAGUCCCACACCGCCAAAUAAAAAGCUUUCACAUAAACUGAGUGAG